AAAAAGGAAAACAAACUAAUAGCAUAAAGUUUUUUAUCUGGAGCAACAACAAUCGCAUCGAAAUUGUAUACAUUUUAUAUGUUUAAUAAUAAAGUUUUCUGAAAAAUGCGAAUGCGACUACGAAGUAGCGGGGCAAUAAUUUCCGACUCUUUCUAUUCGACAGCCGAGCGGUACAUUGCAUCGCUGGACAUUGGUACCACGACGAUAAGGUGUUUUAUCUACGCGACGAAUCGCGAUAUCGGAAAGCUUGAGGUCGUCGGAAGCGCCAACGAACAAGUCGAGCUUGUCUACCCAGCACCGGGACAAGUGGAGAUUGUUCCAAGUCAACUGUGGGAAAGCGUGGUCGGUACGAUCAGGAAUGCAAUUGAAAAUGCUAAGCUUACCGCCAAACAAAUCGCCUGCCUGAGUAUAUCAACACAGCGAAACACGUUCACCUGCUGGAAUAAACUGACCGGCCAUGUGUACCACAACUUUAUCACCUGGAAGGAUCUUCGCGCGGAUACGUUAGUUCAACAAUGGAACCAGAGUUACAAAUUUAGGAUUCUCAGAGCCGGUGCCAAGGUUCUGCACUUCUUUACUCGUAACAAACGCUUCCUGGCGGGUAGCGUGAUCAAAAUGAUGAAUCCGCAGGUCACGUUGCGCUUGGCGUGGAUCUUGCAGAACAACGCCGAACUCCAACGGGACGUCAAGUACGGUAACGUGCUGUAUGGAACGAUUGAUUCCUGGGUGCUGUACCGAUUGCGUCAGGGUCUGGACCAAUCGCGUGUAGUGGAACAUAUAGGCGAUGUGACCAACUGCACCUCGACGGGGUUCUACGAUCCCUUUGGACAGGAAUGGGCCGGCUGGGCCCUGAGUUUGUUCAACAUUAAGAAAGAGCUUUUACCAAAGGUGGUUGAUAAUUCUUACAAUUUUGGAUAUGUUGAUGAAUCGCUGUUUGGUAGUUCGAUCAAGAUUGGAACCUCGAUUUCUGACCAGUCUGCUUCAUUGUGGGGUAAUUGCUGCUUCGAAAAAGGUGAUGUCAAGAUCACGAUGGGAACGGGAUCAUUCUUGAACAUCAACACUGGUUCAAAAUGCCUUGCUUCGGUUCAUGGACUGUAUCCCUUGGUGGGAUACAAAAUAGCUACGUACGAUAGCACCGAACUUGUGUAUCUUAUGGAAGGCGCAUCCAAUGACAAUGGAUCCAUUAUUGAAUGGGCAAUGCACAUAGGACUUUUCACGGAUCCACGUGACAGCGCAAGAAUGGCCCUAUCAGUACCCGAUUCUGAUGGAGUUUCGUUCAUUCCAGCCUUCAGUGGACUUGGGCCUCCUAUCCGCGAUGACACCGCGGGAACAGGUUUCAUAGGAAUCAAAGCGUCGACCCGAAAAGAACAUUUAGUUCGUGCCAUUCUUGAAAGUCUUGCAUACCGAAUUGCAUUACUUUACGUCUGUGCAUUGAAAGAAACGCGCUACGCCUUUACACGAAUUAAGGUCGAUGGGGGAGUUUCUCGGAACGACUUCAUCUGUCAAACUAUGGCCGAUCUUACAGGCUUGCCAGUUGAACGCGGCGAAGUGGCAGAUUCUACUGCGUUGGGGGCAAUGUUUCUUGCUGGGCUCAAUGUAGGGAUCUGGCGCAGCAAACAGGAACUGAUUGAUAUUAGGAAGAUCGAUCGGGUUUUCGAACCGAUCGUUGCCAAUAAGAGCAAAUGUUUGCAAAGUAUGCGAUCAUGGGAACGAGCCGUUGAACGAUUUAAACGAUGGUACAUCACUGAAGAACUGAACAGUUAUACCUGACUGUAUAAUGAUAUUACCUGAGCGUUAUUACUUUUGUAAUAAAUUGUUUUCAACCCACUU